UCCCAAGCCACACUAACGUGGAUGAACACAGAGGCACAGGAAUAGCCGAAUAGACACGCAGGUCCGGGCAACUCCUCUCGCAGUGCUGAAGCUAGCUCCCCUCCAUUGCUUCCUGGAUGCCAGGGACCAUCUUAGUCACAGUUCUGGAAUUGAUGGAGGUGCAGCUUCCAUCUGCAUCAACUUCAUCAUCACCGGGAGAAGCAAAUACGGUGUUGGUGAAGGUUUCUCAUGGAAAGAGAGAAUACAGAACGGAGCCUCAUUAUGCAGAAGGAAACAGGCGUGGCAUAGUUUGGGAAUCAUCAGAUUUCUCGUUCCCGGUGUUUAGUCUCCGCGACAAUUUGACUAUUUCUGUUCUUGAUUGCGAUGAGAAUGAAAUUGGUCGAGCUGAUAUUAGAAGCCAUUCUAUAAUAGAAAAGGGGUUGUGGGACGACAUGUUCCCACUCAAGGGUGGUGGCUCAGUGCACCUCAAGCUGCAAUUCGUCUUGUCUGAUGCGGAGCAACAGAGAAUUCGGGCCAUGGAACCUGCUGCAUUGAAGAAGAAAGAAGAGGGAACCCUUAAGGAAAGUCUGCCCGAAGUUUGUGUUGAGAAGGUUCCAAGUGUUGACCAUGAAACUUUCAGUUUAGCACCCGGUGUAAUAUCAAGUCCUCAGAAUUUUGUUUUGGAAUCACCUUCUCUACCAUCUGACCAGUCGUCAAGCUCAACAACUCCGCCGUUGUCCUCCGAUGUCAAGAACUGUGAAGAUAAUGUAGCUGGCUACUUGUCUAAGCAUGAAGAACCAUAUCGUGUUGCCUCCGAGAUGGAUAAGCCUCAGUCGUCUAAGCCAGAGGUUACUCCAAAAGGAAAGCUGAGAAAGGUCAAAGAAAUGAUACAAGCUUUCGAGAGCACUACAUCGACGGAAAAAAAACGUGCAAAACUUUCAAGAUUGGAGACAAAGUUCCACAUGGCUGAGGCAGAUUCACAUGCACAAUAUUCAUGGAAAGUAGAAAGCAGAAUAAAGGAGUCAAGCAUGAUCCAGAAGGAUUCAGGAGCUUUACAUAAAGUUGAUGUACCAAAGCAUUACACUACAGACAAACACAGCAACUUCGGAACUGAAACUGGAAAUGAAGAAACAAAGUUCCAUAUGGCGCAAGCAUUGAGAAAUGGUAGAGAUACACAUUGUUUUCAAGAUUUUGUAGAAAUGGAAGAUGGACGCAAGAAAUCAAAUCAAGAGCCGAGUGAGAAAGAACAUGCAAAACUAACUAAAACAUUUAGUUUCAUUGAAGCAUCAUCAGUUCUGCAAAACCCUCUUAAAAAAGAGAGUUCUUUUACUAGAUCAAAAUCAGCCAGCGAGUUCAAAUCUAGUAAAGUGGAUGUCCAUGUUAAUGUUACGGGAGGCUAUUCACCUGAAAAAUUACUUCCCUUUGAUGUACUUCUGCAGGAGAAAGUUCCCUUAAGAUCAACUUCAACUCAUGAUGCUGAAACUGAAGGUUCAAAUCAAGAACCUUUGCCAGCUAAAAUAUUGGAAAUUGGGUCUUUAAUCUGUGGCAAGCCACAACUGACCAUCAAUGAGAGUAGAAGUUACAAGGGUGACACUCUGCUUCAAUCAACUAAUUUGUGCGAUGCUAAAUCUGUAGGUGCCAAAGUUGUUUUACGGAAUGGUGAAGACGUACCUCAGUUCACAGUAGAUGAUGAAACUGGACAGGUUGCUCAUUUGGGACUUUGCAGUCACCAGUGCAUAAAUAAUGGCCAAAUGGUUGAGAGUGUGGGGAGUUUACCUUUCUAUUGGUUUCCAAAUAAGUAUCAGGAAUCACUUGCAAUGCAUCCUCAAGUGGAGCACCGAGUCUCUGAGAGUCUUACAGAUUACAUCACUUGUGGUGAGAUGAGAUACCUGUGCCUAACAGCUGGAAAUGAACAAGUGAAGAAUCUGGCAGAGAUCUAUAGAACUUCAGAAAAUUGCACAUUGCAGAAAAAAUCAGAUGGAACUCAAGCAGCCAAUAAGGGUUUCAUCGAGAACAUUAAAGAUUCUUCUUGUCAGAAAAAAACAUGUCCUGAUAAUUUGAUGGGCGCACUAUAUUUGCUGGAUGGAUUCCUCAAACAGGUCUGACUAAUUGACGUUUGAUCUGAUUUAAGAUACUAUAGGAGUUGCAAUGGUAGUGGCUUGUGGAACACUCUUUUUUAACAUUGGAAGAAAGACAAGGUAGCCUGUCAGAAAACCGUUCUCUGUAACAGUGAAGGGAUGCCAAAAUUUUGUUGUUUACGUUUUUAUGCUCAAGACAUAGAGGCUGUGUUCUUGGAGCAGCAUGAGUGUGUGCAUCUACGUCCAUCAUUCACCGAAAGUUCAAUCAGAAUCUUCAGAAAGAGAGUGUUGUUAAUCCACAUCUCCGCUGAACUGAUAGAUCCAACAUUCAGUUGCAGAUCCAAUGUCAAUCUACUCAAAUAUUUGAGACAUGAGCUUAAAAGUCAACUUUACUUGCACUACUUCAGAUCCUACUCUGCGGUACUUCAUUUGACUGAUUGGUGCAAGUGAUCAUAGAUGCCACCGAUCGUGGCAUAAGCGCCAGUAGCUUGUUGCAGAAUUUGCUAUGAUCUUCAAAUUGUUGAGUUGAAAAAUCAAAAUGGAGAUCUUACUGUUUCACGAACGUGUAAUUAUCAAUGGCUGUACAGAGAGCCUAUUUGUAUAAUUGUGUGGUAAACUAUUAAUGUCGAUGUAACUUCUUAUUCUGUACCUCGAGUUACAUACAUAUUUAUGCAAUAUUCUCUUUCUUUGUCCUUUUA